AAUUACUUCACGUUUCUCUUUCUGCCUGUAAAGUGUAAACCCGUCUAAAACCCCCCAGCAUUUUCAUAUUCCUAAAACCUAAAAUUGCUUCACAAAACCAAGAUUUGCAGGCAGCAAUCACUACAGCCUUAUCAAUCAAUCAACCAACCAAACAAUUUGGGGUUUCACUCGUUUUCUUAUUGUAGCUGAGGAAGUGUCCAUAUUCUUUUGGAAAGGAAUUUUGUACUGGUGCUAUAAUUAUUAGAAUUAUUAUUCUUGUUUUUGGGUUCGUUUAGCAAUGGGAAAGAGAGGAAGGAAUCAAAAGAAUGAUAAUAGAAACGCUAAGCGAAGUUCUCGGCGCGAAUAUAUUGCCCCAGAAGACAUGGACGAUGAUGUUGAUGCCUUUCACAAGCAGAGGGACAUUAUUCCACUGGAUAUCAAUGGUGAUGAUGUGGAAUCAAGUGAAGAGGAGGAUGAAGCGGUUCUUGAUUAUGAGGAUAUUAAUGAUGAUGAUGAUGAUGAUGAUGAUGAUGACGACGAAGAAGAUGAAGAUGAAGAUGAAGAUGAGGAUGACGAUGACAAUGACAAAUUUGCUGCAAAAAUCAAGAUGCAGCAAAAAUUUAUGAGAGAAAAGUAUGGCGUAUCACAUGAUGAAAUUCACGAUGAUGAGGAAGUAAAUGAAGAAGACAAGGAUGUAUGGGGUGGAAAAAAGAACAUAUAUUAUGGUGGUGGUGAUUAUGAGGGGGGAUCAAGCGAUAGUGAUGCACUUCUAGAAGAAGAGCAAGCAAUUUCGAAAAUGCAAAAGAAAAAGGCAGAAACUUUAUCUAUGGAUGACUUUGGCCUUGAAAAUGUUGCUGAUAGGGAAUUAACCAUGGAGGAAAUAUCAGUUGAAGGAAAAAGGAAAACAGAAGAUUCGUUGAUCAAAGGUUUGAAUGCUUUGUCCAAAAAGGAGAAAAUGGAUGCUGUUUAUAGUUCUGCACCAGAACUAGUAGGUUUGCUUUCUGAGCUAAAUGAUGCACUUGAAGAGCUUGAAACCAGAGUUAAUCCACUUUUGGACAAGGUUAAAAUGGGUGGAAUUAUUUUGGAAGGCGGAUUACGCUAUUUGGAGGUGAAGCAGCUUCUGUUACUUGCCUACUGCCAAGCCAUAACGUUCUAUCUACUUCUCAAGUCUGAGGGACAGCCAAUUCGUGAUCAUCCUGUUAUAGCCCGUCUAGUAGAAAUCAAGGGAUUAUUGGAGAAGAUGAAACAGCUCAAUGGUAAUUUUCCAUCAGAAGUUGAGGAGUUUCUGAAGAAAAAUAAUGGGACUGUAGCAGGGGAAAGUAAGGUCAUUCAAAAUGCUGUUCCUGCAUACCCGUCCGAAUCUGCCAGAAAAGAUCAUAAUUCUGCUCUCGCAUCAGCUGAAGCUGACACAAAAGAACCAGCAAAGCCUUGUAGCACAUCUGAGUUGGUUAAAUCGGAGUCUUUGAGGGAUGAUGAGAUUAAAGAGAAGAAACAUAAGCAUAAGACUGAUCAAGUUGCUGUUCAAAGUGUGGAAAUGUUAAAAGUAAGAGCUAAACUUGAAGAAAAACUGAAGCAGAAGAGACUACUUAGCUCCUUUGUUCCAAAGCUUGAUAAAGCUCAGAAACAUCCAAAAUCAGUGAAUAGACAACUUGAAACAUAUGAUGAUUUCAACGAUGAUGCUAUAGAUGUUGAGAGAGGAAAUCAUGGCUUGAGUAAUGGGCAAGCUAGCUUGUUGGGCUCAAGUAAACUCUCACAACUUGUUUCUGCCAAAGCAAAUAAACCGAAGGCUAUUUCUGGUGAUGAUGAUUUACCUAAGAGAGAUGAUAUUGGAGAAAGAAGAAGGAAACAUGAGAUCAGAGUGUUGGCAGGUGCUGGUGUCAAGUCUGAGGAUGAUGCUAUACAUGAGCCUGGCACACUUGAGACUGAUGAGCCCUCUGAUAUGGAGGAGGAUGGUGAUACUGGAGGUUCGGGGGAUGAAUUCUAUAAAGAAAUAAAACAGAAGAGGGAUGCAAAAUUUGUUGCCAAAGCUGAGAAAUAUGCAAGGAAGCCAACAGUCCCAGCUUUGCCUGAAACCAUAGAUGGAAAACGGCAUAUCACUCGUCAGAUCGAAAAGAACAUAGGUUUAACCCGACAACGGAGAAAAGACUUGAAAAAUCCAAGGAAGAAAUACAGGACAAAGCAUGAUAAACAAAAGAAAAGAUGGAAAGGCCAAGUGCAGCAGAUCAGGAAGCCCGAUGGUUCUUAUGGUGGUGAAACGACUGGAAUCAAUGCAGCAAUCAGUCGAAGCAUUAGAUUUUAAAACUAAAGUCUGUUUUAGCUUCAUUGUUAUUCAUGACAAACCGUUUGCGGGUGUUAAAAUUUUGGUUCAUGUAUUUGGGUACCUUACACAGUUUUUUGAAGGCAAAAACUGGUGCCUCGUUGUAUUAUUGAUACUGUUCCAACUUGUUCAAUGAAAAAAGCUUAGAACUCUUUACAAGA